AUGUCUGAGUCAGAGCCACCACCUCAGAUACUAUGGGAAUCACACCCUGCUCAGACGGUAUCUAUUUCUCCACUUCCUGACAUAGACCCUGAGGAAUCAGAGUCAGUUCUGAAGCUGGAGACAGCCCCAUGCCCUGAGGUGGACCCUGAAAACACAAACUCUGACUCAGUUCCAUGUCAGACACAAGAGGAAUUCGACUCGGCACAGAAACCAUCAGAGCAGCGAGAUCCAGUCCCAGGUUUGAUCCUGCUGACUGAUCUCUCCUUUACAACUGUGUCAGAGACAGCACUGUGUCUAGGACCAGAACUAGACCCAUAUGACAUGAGGGGCUCUGAGGAUCCCAUAUCUGCUUCAGAACCACCUCAGAUAGACUUGGAACCAGACCCUGAGUUGGUGUCUAUGCCCAGGCCUACUCCUCAUCUUCACGUAGAUUCCAGAGAGCUAGAGGCUACGCCGAAGCUAGGGCCAGACCCAAGCCCUGACACAGACUCAGAAAACCCAAGAUCUACAACAGAGACACCGCCUGAGCUCCAAGGGGAGCCCGACCCAGCCGAGAUACCUUCAGAGCAGCCGGCCACAGCAUUGAGCUCUAUGUCUGAAUCUGAGGUUGACCUGGCCUCUCCAGCUAUGAACCACAACUGCCCUCAACCAGGCCCUAAUCACCCCUCAAUGACCCCCCAACCGAGGACUAAUUUCCUCUCACUGGCCCCCCAGCUACGCCCGAACCACCUCCAACCACCACUGGACCUCCAGCUCGGCCCAGGCUUACCUGGUCAUCUCCCUGGGAUGGCUGGUUCCAUCCCUGGUUCUAUCCCCAGCCAGCCCCUACCUCCCCAGGCCUGGUGUCGCAGCGAGGGCUCCUCCUCCCGGGGGAUGUUUGAGAACUACAGGUGGUGGCAGAACCUCCGAGACAUAGCCAGCAAAAUCUACCCCGACAGUGGGCCUGACGCAGAGGCCCUGGCCUGCUUCUUCAUUCCAGUGAUUCGUUCCCUCUGUCUCAAGUACCCCUCGCUCCUCUUCACCCAGGGCAUCGGUAUAGCGGUGGGAGAAUGGGGGAAGCUCUCUAACUACGACCGUAUGGAGUACUAUCACUUGGCCCAGAAAUUUGUGGAGCUUGAGGUGGAGGAGGUGACAGCUAAGGAAAGGUCAAAGGUCAUACAAAGGUCACCGUCAGGUCAGAGUGGAGCCCAGGCUGAGUUGAAAGGUUACACGGGGAAGAGCAGUGCCACCACGUCAGCCAAAGAGACAGAAACCAAAUGCAACACAAGAGUUAACCAAGCCAAAGACAAAACUCAGAGGGCCACUAAGAGUGGCAGUGGUCCUAGAGUGUCCCGUGGUCGCCGACUAGGGAAAGUGGACAUCAAGGUCCUGGAGGAACGUGCCCUCGGGGAGUACACUGCAGCCAUGGAGGCCCUCCUUAUUGACCCCACCGGGAUCAGGGAGAGGUUAGAGGUCAGAAAUCAAGAGGAAGAGGGGGAUGAGAAGAAGAAUGAUGAGGAAGAGGAGGGAGGAGGAGAUGGGGAAGGCUCGUUCACAGAGUACCUGAAUGAGCUGUGCAGUCAGAAGGAGUUUGUCACUAAGGUCGGAGCAGUGCUGGAUUUGCAGUACCUGUCUUCUCUCCUCACCUCAGACCCCGAUACCAUCGACCUCCUAGCACAGGAGGAGGCACAGGUGGAUCAGGAGAUGCCAGACGUGCCUGCCAGUGUUACUUGCAGUGACCCAGAGGACUACGCUACCCACACUGCAUCUGAAGGCUGUACUGCACAACAACAGGCCCCGUCACUCACAGAACACAGAGAAGCUCUGAGCCCACCUAUGACAUCAUAUGAAUUACAAUUCGAGAGGCACUGCAGGUCUAUGUCCACCAGUAUUCAUCGUAAGAGGCGUUCAACUUCAAACUACGAUAACCACAAUGUACCUGACCACGGGCCUCCAUUGUUCAUACAGACCCAGGACGGUUGUACUGUUAGUUACCUCAUCCCUCCUACCCCUUCACCGUCUGGAACUUUCCAACUGGCAACCUCACAGAACGGCAUGUUUCAGCUUCAAGGUCCCUGCCCUCCUCCUCAACCUGGGAACAACUACUCCCACAAUGCACCAUUCCCAAGGCCCACACCACACCUCCGAGCCUUCCCUCUGCCACCUCUACCUGUUAGUCACAAAAAUGACAACUACCACAACGCACCACCACCGCAAGGGUUUUUCGUCCUACCGGAAAGCUAUUCCCCACUCCCUACCCCUAUGGCAGGCCAGGAUGCAUUUCAGAUGUGUCCUCCACAACGUUCCAGGCACUUUGUGUUCAGUGAGGACAGCCCUGAGGGUGGACCCUUCAUGUUUAUUCCUAUGGGAGAUUACGUCCCCCACAAUGCACCACUUCCGAUGAUGAUGAACUCCCCCUCCCCAUUUCCUUUCUCGGAACAUCAAAUCCUGAGUUAUACUCCUAGUAACCAGACUUCCCAACACACACAGCAUCAUUAUCCAAACAAUACUAUUGCUGUGACUGAUGUCUACUAUCCCCCAGGAGCUUUGCCUGUAGAAAAUGAAAACAAUCAGAAUCUUUAUAUAACAACUGGGCCUAAUACAGCCUAUGAAGCUAUAUUGUCACAUGGUCAUAGCUCGUCAAUAGAACUACCCGCCGCCAUCUUGCCUGUUGUGGGCAGCAGUGGUCAAUAUAGAACAGGACAUUCAGCCUCAAACUUUGUGGUUCAGGAAUCAAAAGACCCGCUCUCAAUCACUUCAGUCCUUGACCUCCAGGGCGGUCCUCUGCAAGGGGAUCUUCUAGCCUCCGAGCCCACCACAUCCUCAACCACGUCUGGGGUACUCAACAACCUGCACCGGAUUAAGUCCGAUCAACAGAACUACAACCAGUCAGGUCAACAAAACUACAACUCCCGGAACGAGGCAAACUUGUCAAACUUGUCUGUCCCCUUAAAUACGAGUAAAGAUGGGUUAACCUUCACGAUCCUGCCUCUGGAAAGAGAGGAAGAUGGAGUGAUGGAGGGAAUGAGUGAAGAAGAUGAGGACUCGGGCGACUCCACCGCGGGGCAAGUGGGAGACGUGCUGAAACAGGAGGAUCUGGAGGAAAAGAAAGAAGAGGAGGGAUGGAGAGAAGAAGAAGAGGGAGGAAGAGAAGGAGUAGUACUAUCACCCAUCCAGACAUAUCCUUUCCCCUCCCCUCCUCCUGUCUCUAGUCUAGGCCCGCCUACUCCGAUUGCAUCCCCCGGCCCUUUCCCUCUGGCGGCUUAUCACGGGGGCAGGAGGAUGUUGACGGAAAACCCACCAUUCCGCCCCCCUAACCUGAGACUCCUAGCCAUGGCAGCACUCAUCCACUCUGUCUCUUCAACGCCCCCGGAAGGCCAAGGAGACGACAACAAGGACGAGGGUCAACUGAACUGGAAGCCCCAGGAUCCUCGCCCCUUUCAGCUGUCUCACCCUGCCCGGGAGAGGGACAGGGUCACCCCCCCUUCAGGCCAUGGGGAUGGGGAUACCCCCUGCACCGUACCCAUCCAGUCCUUCAUCAUGGCUGUCUCCUGCUCCACCCCCAGAGGCGACCCCUUCCUGGAUGCUCACCUGACAGGCUGGGUUAGGGACACCCCGAACCCGGCAGGUGAGGGAGAUCCAGAGCCUCUACCUCUAUGGGCUACUGCCUCUCUCUCAGACCCCACAGAGGAGCCUCAAAUUGGGGAAGGGAGUCUGGAACACAGGCCUCAGCUGGAGGAAGGUCCUAGACUGGAUGUGACUGGGAGAGGAAUGGAGGUGGAGGCAGCUGACAAGGGAGGUGAGGAGGAAUGGAGGGUGAUAGACACUUCGUCAUUCGACGGGCCCAACACUGAAACAUCUGAUAGUUUCAAUGCUAAAACGUUAGACUGUGUGAAUAGUUCAGCUUCAGAUGGCAACAAAGCUGAAGCUUCAGACAUGCACAUCAGUCCUCAAGCUUCAGACAUGCGUAUCAGUCCUCAAGCUUCAGACAUGCGUAUCAGUCCUCAAGCUUCAGACAUGCGUAUCAGUCCUCAAGCUUCAGACAUGCGUAUCAGUCCUCAAGCUUCAGACAUGUGUAUCAGUCCUCAAGCUUCAGACAUGAGUAUCAGUCCUCAAGCUUCAGACAUGAGUAUCAGUCCUCAAGCUUCAGACAUGCGUGUCAGUUCUCAAGCUUCAGACAUGCGUGUCAGUCCUCAAACUUCAGACAUGCGUGUCAGUCCUCAAGCUUCAGACAUGCGUGUCAGUUCUCAAGCUUCAGACAUGCAUAUCAGUUCUCAAGCUUCAGGACUGGACCGUGCCAACGUUAAAGCAUUAAAUAGAAUUGAUCUUAAGGUGACAAAUGUGUCUGAAACAAAUCCUCCAGACAAUGUCAACACUCAGGCAACUAACAGUGCAAUUGUUCAAGCAACAGACACAACCAUCACUGAAGCACCUUGCGUUACUAACUCUGGAAGUUCAGCCACUGUCAACGAAAAGCUAACAGACGUGAUCACAGCCACCGAAGCCUCUGGUAUCACUGAGUCAUGUGGUUCAGCUGGUGGCAACAAACCGUCGCCAGACUCUCCUGCUAUUGACUGUGUGAAAGAGUUCGCUGACCCCAGUACAGUUCCUAUUAUCACUCAGGUGGACUCAGACAUAGAGAGCUCACCGCCAUCCAUAAGCAGCAGAGAUCCUGGAUCAACCCUACUGUCAGACUGUAUAAGUGAGACAGUGGAAGAAGCCUAUCCUAGAAUGGAGGAAACAUGGAACCAGCCUAUAGAAGGGGUGAACUUGGAUGAGUCUAUGUCCGAUAGUCAGGCUUCCAUACCUGGGCUGCUCCACCCUCACUCUGCCUGGGAUGAGUCCACUCCACUCCCCCUGUGUCUGGAGGCUACAGGGGUCAACAACGACCAGCUCCAGUCAUACAUGCCCAGGGACAGCACGAGGGAGACGGCCAACAUCUCUACCGCACACACCCUCCUCACCCUGGGGCAGGUUGAGGUGGAACACUCCCUCACCCCAGCGUCUCGUGGAAGUACAGAGGGAGAGACUGUUUUGGGUGGCACCGAGGGACAGAUGAAGAGUGAUGGAGAGAGAGAAAACGGGGUGGAGACAGGAGAGGAGGCGGAGAUGGAGGUGAAAGAGAUAAAGCAGCAGAAGAGAGAGACUGAGUCGGAGGUAGAGACCACCCAAACCGGUCAACGGGCAGAUGCAGAUAGAGGGAAUACAGAAAGGAGAGAAAGAGAAGAAGACGAAGAGAGAAUGAAGGAGAGGAACGAGAUCGUUGGAAGACUUGAAGAGACGUCAAAGGCGAAUCCAAGCAGAAACAGCAAGAGGUCAACUAGACAUCAGAAACAGAGAGAUAGUAGACGGAGGAAGGACACCAUGAAAACAGAAGAGGGGAAGAAAGAAAUAGAAAAUGAAAAGGAGGUAGUAAAGAAAACUGAGAAAAUGGAAAUGAGGGAAGUAGCAGUUAGAGAAGAAGAAGAGGGGGAAGUAAUAGCAACCGAAAACAAGAUGGAAGAGAAAACAGAGAAAAAGAAACAGAGACCGUCAAGGAAAGGACGAGAGAGACAAGCUGUGAAUAGAGAACAGGCUGAAGAGAAAGAACAGAGGAGUCACAGGGCGGUGCAGACGGAGUUCAAGGCUGCUACUGCUCCUAAUAUUAACACUGAUAAAGUGAAGGUGACACUGAAAGAGCCUCAACAGCGUCAAGGCCAGAAAACGGAGGCAGACAGAGAGACGUUGAAACAACGAGACGAGGCAAAGGAUAAGACACAAAAGCCAAGUACAGGACCUAUGAUAAGAGCAAGGAGGAGUAGCAAAGCUGCAGAGAAGGGGAAAGAGUCGUCAAAAACUAAGAAAGAGACAGAGAAAGAGGAUGAGGCAAAAAGGACAGAAAAGCCCCGUUUUAUCCCAAGUCCUAUGAUAACCACAAGAAGGAAGAGCAGAGCAGCAGAGAAGGAGAAGCCCAAACCAGGAAACACAAUGAAUAAAGUGCCAUCUGUAGAGAUGGAUGAAGAAGAGGGCGAGGGAAAAGAGCAAAGAUCUGAAAGGACCAGAACUCUAACUCCUGUGACAAGAAAGCAAAGAAAAGAUGCAGAAGGGAAAAAAGAAGGGAAGCCAAACACAAAGAAAGAGACAGGUGGCGAGACAGAGAAACAAAGGGAUGAGGUAGAGGAGAGGACUGAAAACCCCUGUCCCAUCACUAGUACUGCGACAAGCCGUAUGAUCACAACUAGAGGGAACUGGAGAGCUGAAGAGUGUAAGAAAGAACAGAAUCCGCACACAGCUCAAAAAGAGGCAUUGGCUACUACCCCUAAUAUCUACACUGAUAAAGAGAGGGAAGAGGGAGGGAGAGAAGAGAGGGAGGACGUACCAACCUCAGGGAAGAUGACGUGGAGAGAGCUCAGUCCUAUGACAAGAAGGAAAUGGGGAAAGAACGACGUGGAGAGGAAAGACGAGAAGGAGCCGAGCACAGCACAUAUGGAGAUAGAUGGAGAGAUGGGGAAAAAGGAGAGAGAGACGAUUGAGAAGCCUAGUCUUAGACGUCCUGUGACUAGAGCAAGAAGGAAGGAUGUAGAGGUAAAGAAAGAGGAUAAACCAAAACCAGCAGAGAAAGAGACAGGAAAACAAGGGAACGAGACAAAGGAGGAGAGGACUGAAAAGUCUUCUCCUAUUCCAAGUCCCAUGGCAAGAACGAGGCAUGCUAAAGCCGUAAUGGGCAGGAAGGAGCAGAAGGAAGAGUCCGCAAACACUGCAGAGGAGGAGACGGGGAAACAAGGGGACAAGGUGGAAGAGCAUGUGACAGAAAAUCUGAAAAGUAAAACUAUCGAGGGGGAAGGGACUAUCGAGAAUGAUGCAUUCGUAACCAACAGGGGUCUAAACCGUAAAGGAAUGAAAAGGAAGGUGGGAGAGAGUGGGGAUAUGGGAGGGAAGAAGGAAAGACAAGUAGUGGUUCAAUCUGAAGAAGGGAGCCAUUUAGUAUUAAAAAAGCUUAAAACUAAAAACAGGAGAGGACUAACGGAGGAAUCCACCUCCUCCUCCAAAGGAAAGAUAGAGAAGGUAGAAACCGAUGCUAAGAUAACAGGAAACAGAGGGACAACAGAAAACAAAAUAGAGCUAAAGACCAUUCCAGCAUCCAGAACCAAACACAGUGAAGGGAAAAGGGAGAUAGAAACAGUUCUGUCCCCUGUAACUGAACGGAGGACAGGAAAAACAGAGGGAGGAAAAAGAAAUGGAGAGACCAUUCAUCCUCCCUUCCCAGCCAAGCUCAGUAAAGUGGAGGAGGAUGAACCAACACAGGCAGAGGGUCACACAUCUGACGAGAAGAGAGAGAAAGUGGAACCCAAGAGAAAGCCAGAGAUGGACAGAGCGAGAGAGAGAUGGAGCCAGAGAGUGGGUAAAAGACAGAGACUGAGUGAGAAGAGAGAGAAAGUGGAACCCGAGAGAAAGCCAGAGAUGGACAGAGCGAGAGAGAGAUGGAGCCAGAGAGUGGGUAAAAGACAGAGACUGAAGAACGGCGUGUUAAAUUGGCAUUACUGUCGAUACCGUUGA